AUGUCUAAAAUUAAGCAAAAGAAAAAAGCCAUGAUUAAACAUUCAAUUGACCCUGAAAAUGAUCAGGAAGAUUAACUAAGUUAUGAUUCAAUUGAUGAUGAAUAAUAUUUAAAUCUUUUAUAAGGUCAUGUACCUAAAUCCCAUAAAGUUGAUAUUAAUUUGGGAUAGAAGUAUUAAGGUAAAAAAACAAACAAUUAAUAAUAACAUUCUUAAAGUGAGGAUGAUUUAUAAAAUGAAUCUAUUAAUAGUGAUGAAAUUCCAGAAUUUAUAGAAAGGGAAUAAGAGGAAUCUGAUGAUUAAGAAUAAUAAAGAAAGAUUGUUAAAUAAAAACCUAAAAAGAAAUAGAAUUUAAGUACAUUUUAAAAAGAAUUAUAAUAAAUUGAAAAAGAAGAUUUGGAAAUGAUUGAGAAAUAAAAAGAAAAUAAAAAAGAAUUGAAAGAAGUAGCAGAACAAAUAAAAGAAUAAUAAUAGAUUUGGGGAAAUUUAGUUGAGAUUAGAGAAUGUAUUUAUUUAUUAUUAUUAAUUUACUCUUUAUAGAAAUGUAAAAAACAUUAGAUGCAGCUAAAAGAUUACCUAUUCAAAAGGAUGCUUUUGUUACAGAAAUAUAAAAAAGUAAAGAUUCAAAAUUAAAUGAUUUGAAUUGUCAACUCUUAAAUAAUAUAACAAACUUAUUCAAUUUAUAUUCAUCUCUUUAUUAAAUUGAUUAAAUCAAUGUAAAUGAUGAUGGAUAUGAUCUUAAUACAUAAAAAAAAAUUAAUAAUAAUUUUGAAGAUUCCAUUAAAGUUGUAGAAGAUGAUAUUAUAAGAUGGAGUUCUAAAUCAGCAUUAUUAUCAUCAAUUAAUAAAGAUAGUAAAUCAUAAAUGGGAUUUUUACUCUUAACUCCUAUUGGAUAAUCAAAAAAAGCCUUAUAAAAUAUUGAUAAAUUAAGAUAGAAAACAUAAUUGAAAAGAUAAAUAUUUAGAAUUUUAGGUGAAGAAGGUUCAGAUUUAAAUGAAACAAAUAAUAAACAUAUUUUUGAUGAUACUGAUUUUUACUUAGAUUUAUUAAAAGAAACAAUAUCAUUUAAUAAUUAAAACCCUUCUGAAGAAGCUUUAAAAAAGGAAACAGAAUAAUUUAUAUUAAAAAGAUAAGCCUAAAGAUAAGAGAAAGAAAACAAAGUUGUUGAUAGAAAAGCAUCUAAAAAUAGAAAAAUAAGAUUUGAACCACAUCAAAAAAUUAUUAACUUCACUUCAAGAAUUGAACCACCAAUAGAAACAAUAUCUAGAGAAGAAAUUAUUAAAAACUUAUUUGGCUUAACAUCAACGAUUAUUGAACCUCAAAUUUAGAAGAAGAGAAAGUAAAGUAUUCAUGAUGUUAAUUUGAUAUGAUGCUUGUGUUUAUAAGCUUAGAC